GCAGAAGGAGGACGAAAUAAGGGAAUAUUGGCUGAAUUUCUCCGCACUUGGAAUACAGUUUUGUGCUGCUGGAUAUCAAUUUAUUCGCCUUAAAAGUUGCACACGUUUUAUUAUCAAGUGCAUCUGGUGGCCUGUCCUGUCCUGACGAGCAGAGAUGACUCAGCGGAGCGGGCAGGAGGACCCGGAGCGGUACCUGUUUGUGGACCGGGCGGUGGUCUACAACCCUGCCCAGCAGGCCGACUGGACGGCCAAGAAGCUGGUGUGGGUGCCGUCGGAGCGCCAUGGCUUCGAGGCGGCCAGCAUACGGGAGGAGCGGGGCGACGAGGUGGUGGUGGAACUGGCCGAGAACGGCAAGAAGGCGAUGGUCAACAAGGACGACAUCCAGAAGAUGAACCCGCCCAAGUUCAGCAAGGUGGAGGACAUGGCUGAGCUCACCUGCCUCAACGAGGCGUCCGUGCUGCACAACCUGAAGGACCGCUACUACUCCGGCCUCAUCUACACAUAUUCAGGGCUUUUCUGUGUAGUCAUAAACCCGUACAAAAACCUGCCCAUAUACUCAGAGAACAUCAUCGAGAUGUACAGAGGGAAGAAGAGGCACGAGAUGCCCCCGCACAUCUACGCCAUCUCAGAGUCCGCCUACAGGUGCAUGCUGCAAGAUCGUGAGGACCAAUCAAUUCUUUGCACGGGUGAAUCAGGUGCAGGCAAGACAGAAAACACCAAAAAGGUCAUCCAGUACCUGGCAUACGUUGCCUCCUCUCACAAAGGAAGGAAAGACCACGUUCCACCAGAGUCGCCAAAAGCAGUGAAAAUACAGAGUGGAUCCCUUUUCUAUGGCGAGCUGGAGCGGCAGCUCUUACAGGCCAACCCCAUCCUGGAGUCCUUCGGCAACGCCAAGACAGUCAAGAAUGAUAACUCGUCACGCUUCGGAAAGUUCAUCCGGAUCAACUUUGAUGUCACUGGAUACAUCGUUGGGGCCAAUAUUGAGACUUACCUUCUGGAAAAAUCCAGAGCCAUCCGGCAAGCCAAAGACGAGCGCACCUUCCACAUCUUCUACCAGCUGCUGUCCGGCGCGGGAGAGCACCUCAAAUCUGACCUGCUCCUGGACGGCUUCAACAGCUACCGGUUCCUCUGCAACGGCAACGUUACGAUUCCCGGCCAGCAGGACAAGGACAACUUCCAGGAGACCAUGGAGGCCAUGCGCAUCAUGAGUUUUAAUCACGAGGAGAUCGUGGCCAUGCUGAAGGUCGUGUCCUCCGUGCUGCAGUUUGGCAACAUCACCUUCAAGAAGGAGAGAAACACAGACCAGGCGUCCAUGCCUGAGAACACAGCUGCUCAGAAGCUCUGUCACCUGCUGGGGCUGAAUGUGAUGGAGUUCACCCGUGCCAUCCUGUCCCCCAGGAUUAAGGUGGGCAGGGACUACGUCCAGAAGGCUCAGACGAAAGAACAGGCGGAUUUUGCAGUGGAGGCCCUGGCCAAGGCCACGUACGAGCGUCUGUUCCGCUGGCUCGUUCACCGCAUCAACAAAGCUCUGGACAGGACCAAGCGGCAGGGCGCCUCCUUCAUCGGCAUCCUGGACAUCGCCGGCUUCGAGAUAUUUCAGCUCAACUCAUUUGAGCAGCUCUGCAUUAACUACACCAACGAGAAGCUGCAGCAGCUCUUCAACCACACCAUGUUCAUCCUGGAGCAGGAGGAGUACCAGAGGGAGGGCAUCGAGUGGAACUUCAUCGACUUCGGCCUGGACCUGCAGCCCUGCAUUGACCUCAUUGAAAGGCCUGCCAAUCCUCCAGGUGUACUGGCUCUGCUGGAUGAGGAGUGCUGGUUCCCCAAAGCCACGGACAAGACGUUUGUGGACAAGCUGAUCCAGGAGCAGGGAACGCACACCAAGUUCCAGAAGCCCAAGCAGCUGAAGGACAAGGCCGACUUCUGCAUCAUCCACUACGCCGGCCGGGUGGACUACAAGGCUGACGAGUGGCUGAUGAAGAACAUGGACCCGCUGAACGACAACGUGGCCACGCUGCUGCACCAGUCCACCGACAAAUUUGUGGCCGAGCUGUGGAAGGACGUGGACCGUAUUGUGGGUCUGGACCAGGUGGCUGGCAUGAACGAGACGGCGUUUGGUGCCACGUAUAAGACCAAGAAGGGCAUGUUCCGCACCGUGGGCCAGCUCUAUAAGGAGUCCCUCACCAAACUGAUGGCCACGCUGAGGAACACCAACCCCAACUUUGUCCGAUGUAUCAUUCCCAACCACGAAAAGAGAGCGGGAAAACUUGACCCUCACCUGGUCUUGGAUCAGUUGAGGUGCAACGGUGUCUUGGAGGGCAUCCGUAUUUGCAGACAGGGUUUCCCCAAUCGCAUCGUCUUCCAGGAGUUCAGACAGAGGUAUGAGAUCCUGACACCCAAUGCCAUUCCCAAGGGCUUCAUGGAUGGAAAACAGGCUUGUGAGAGAAUGAUUCGAGCCUUGGAGCUGGACCCUAACCUGUACCGUAUCGGUCAGAGCAAGAUCUUCUUCAGGACUGGAGUUCUGGCCCACCUGGAGGAGGAGAGGGAUUUGAAGAUCACCGACAUUAUCAUCUACUUCCAGGCUGUGUGCAGAGGAUAUAUUGCCCGCAGGGCCUUUGCUAAAAAACAACAGCAACUCAGUGCCCUGAAGGUUCUUCAGAGGAACUGUGCCGCAUACCUGAAACUGCGCCACUGGCAAUGGUGGAGGCUCUUCACCAAGGUGAAGCCCCUGCUGCAGGUCACUAGGCAGGAGGAGGAGAUGCAGGCCAAAGACGAGGAGCUGGUCAAGGUGAAGGAGCGCCAGAGCAAAGUGGAGAGCGAGCUGGUGGAGAGCGAGCGGAAGCACCAGCAGCUGCUGGAGGAGAAGAACAUCUUGGCCGAGCAGCUGCAGGCUGAGACGGAGCUGUUCGCCGAGGCCGAGGAGAUCCGCGCCCGCCUCGUUGCCAAGAAGCAGGAGCUGGAGGAGAUCCUCCAUGACCUGGAGUCGCGGGUGGAGGAGGAGGAGGAGCGCAACCAGGCCCUCACAAACGAGAAGAAGAAGAUGCAGUCUCACAUCCAGGACCUGGAGGAGCAGUUGGAUGAGGAGGAAGCGGCCAGGCAGAAGCUGCAGCUGGAGAAGGUGACCGCUGAGGCCAAGAUCAAGAAGAUGGAGGAGGACAUUCUGCAGCUGGAGGACCAGAAUUCCAAGUUCCUCAAGGAGAAGAAACUGCUGGAGGAUCGCGUGAGUGAGAUGACCUCCCAGCUGGCUGAGGAAGAGGAGAAGGCCAAGACCCUCGGCAAGGUGAAGAACAAGCAGGAGAUGAUGAUGGUGGACCUGGAAGAGCGCCUGAAGAAGGAGGAGAAGACGAGGCAGGAGCUGGAGAAGGCCAAGCGGAAACUGGACAGUGAGACCACAGACCUGCAGGACCAGAUCGCCGAGCUGCAGGCUCAAAUCGAGGAGCUCAAGAUCCAGCUGGCCAAGAAGGAGGAGGAGCUGCAGUCCGCGCUGGCCAGGAGCGACGAGGAGCUGGCCCAUAAGAACAACGCCCUGAAGCAGGUGCGCGAGCUGCAGGCUCAGCUGGCCGAGCUGCAGGAGGACCUGGAGUCCGAGCGCGUGUCCCGCAACAAGGCCGAGAAGCACAAGAGGGACCUGAGCGAGGAGCUGGAGGCCCUCAAGACCGAGCUGGAGGACACGCUGGACACCACCGCCGCCCAGCAGGAGCUCAGGACCAAGCGCGAGCAGGAGGUAGCGGAGCUGAAGAAGGCCAUCGACGAGGAGGCCAAGAACCACGAGGCCCAGAUCCAGGAGAUGAGGCAGAGGCACGGCACGGCCCUGGAGGAGCUCUCGGAGCAGCUGGAGCAGGCCAAGCGCUUCAAGGCCAACCUGGAGAAGAACAAGCAGACGCUGGAGACUGACAACCGGGAGCUGGCCAGCGAGCUGAAGGGGCUGCAGCAGGUCAAGGGCGAGUCGGAGCACAAGAGGAAGAAGCUGGAGUCGCAGCUGCAGGAGGUCAUGGGCCGCGCCACCGAGGGCGAGAGGGUCAAGACCGAGCUGGCCGACCGCUCCCACAAGCUACAGGUGGAAUUGGACAACGUCUCCGCAUUGCUGGAGGAUGCCGAGAAGAAGGGAAUCAAAAUGGCCAAGGAUGCUGCCAGCAUGGAGAGCCAGCUGCAGGACACCCAGGAGCUGCUCCAGGAGGAGACGCGUCAGAAACUGAAUAUGAGCAGCCGCAUCCGUCAGCUGGAGGAGGAGAAGAACACCCUGCUGGAGCAGCAGGAGGAGGAGGAGGAGGCGCGCAAGAACCUGGAGAAACAGCUGUCCUCUCUGCAGUCCCAGCUGCUGGAGUCCAAGAAGCGGCUGGACGACGACGUGGGCACCAUGGAGUGUCUGGAGGAGGUGAAGCGCAAGCUGCUGAAGGACGUGGAGGGCACCACGCUGCGGCUGGAGGAGAAGGCCAUGGCCUUCGACAAGAUGGAGAAGACCAAGAACCGGCUGCAGCAGGAGCUGGACGACCUGAUGGUGGACCUGGACCACCAGAGGCAGAUCGUCUCCAACCUGGAGAAGAAGCAGAAGAAGUUCGACCAGCUGCUGGCUGAGGAGAAGACCAUCUCGGCGCGCUACGCGGACGAGCGAGACCGGGCGGAGGCGGAGGCCCGGGAGAAGGACACCAAGGCCCUGUCCAUGACCCGCGCGCUGGAGGAGGCCCUGGAGGCCAAGGAGGAGUUUGAGCGGCUCAACAAGCAGCUGCGCACCGAGAUGGAGGACCUGAUGAGCUCCAAGGACGACGUGGGCAAGAGCGUGCACGAGCUGGAGAAGUCCAAGCGCACGCUGGACCAGCAGGUGGAGGAGAUGCGCACGCAGCUGGAGGAGCUGGAGGACGAGCUGCAGGCCACCGAGGACGCCAAGCUGCGUCUGGAGGUCAACAUGCAGGCCAUGAAGGCCCAGUUCGACCGGGACCUGCAGGCCAAAGACGAGCAGGGCGAGGAGAAGAGGAGGCAGCUGGUCAAACAGGUGCGGGAGAUGGAGGCGGAGCUGGAGGACGAGCGGAAGCAGCGCGCGCUGGCCGUGGCCGCCAAGAAGAAGCUGGAGAUGGACCUCAAGGACCUGGAGGCCCAGAUAGAGGCGGCCAACAAGGGCCGCGACGAGGCCAUCAAGCAGCUACGCAAACUCCAGGCCCAGAUGAAGGACUACCAGAGGGAGCUGGAGGAGGCGCGCGCCUCCCGAGACGAGAUCUUCGCCCAGUCCAAGGAGAACGAGAAGAAGCUCAAGGGCCUGGAGGCCGAGAUUCUCCAGCUUCAAGAGGACCUGGCGGCGUCCGAGAGGGCUCGCCGGCACGCCGAGCAGGAGAGAGACGAGCUGGCCGACGAGAUCUCCAACAGCGCCUCCGGCAAGUCUGCCUUGCUGGAUGAGAAGAGAAGGCUGGAGGCUCGCAUCGCCCAGCUGGAGGAGGAACUGGAGGAGGAGCAGAGCAGCAUGGAGCUGCUCAACGACCGCUUCCGCAAGACCAACAUGCAGGUGGACGCGCUGAACGCGGAGCUGGCGGCGGAGCGCAGCGCGGCGCAGAAGAGCGAGAGCGCGCGGCAGCAGCUGGAGCGCCAGAACAAGGAGCUCAAGGCCAAGCUGCAGGAGCUGGAGGGCGCCGUCAAGUCCAAGUUCAAGGCCUCCAUCACCGCCCUGGAGGCCAAGAUCGCACAGCUGGAGGAGCAGCUGGAGCAGGAGGCCAAGGAGAGAGCAGCGGCCAACAAGGUGGUGCGGCGCACGGAGAAGAAGCUGAAGGAGGUGUUCAUGCAGGUGGAGGACGAGCGUCGCCAUGCCGACCAGUACAAGGAGCAGAUGGAGAAGGCCAACUCGCGCAUGAAGCAGCUGAAGCGUCAGCUGGAGGAGGCGGAGGAGGAGGCCACGCGUGCCAACGCGUCCCGCAGGAAGCUGCAGCGAGAGCUGGACGACGCCACCGAGGCCAGCGAGGGCCUCAGCCGAGAGGUCAACUCCCUCAAGAACCGCCUCAGGCGCGGCGGUCCCGUCAGCUUCUCGUCGGGCCGUUCGGGGCGGCGCCAGCUACAGAUGGAGGGCGAGAUGUCGGACGACGACGCCGACAGCCGGGCGAGCGACCACAACGAGACGCCGGCCGCCCAGGCUGAGUAGAGCGGCCGCCGGCCAGCAGGUCUCCCCCCCCCAGCGGCCGCCCAGCACUCCUCAGCCUGCUAGCCAGUACGCUACAGCACCUCAGCACCACCACCCCUCUACUCCCAACCCUACCCCAACACACACACACACACACACACACACACACACUCAUCUCAUACUCACUUACACACACAUCACACACGCACACAUGCAUGUACCUCCAUGCUGUGUUCCAUACUCCCACAAACACACACACACAAGAGACUCCCAGGGGAACUGCUACUCUGCCUUAUUCUACUCUGGCAAGCUUCAAGGCCGAGCGCACCUCAGCGCUUCUGAUACCCCCCCCCCC